GCCGGGGCAGUCACGAAUCACAAGCACGUCUUCCUCAGGACGACAACGACGACAGGAUUUAUUUUCCUUCUUGUCCACUAGACUGGAUUCUGUGGGAUCCUUUGCACUACCGUGGCAGGUUGAAAACUUCUGAGGUGAAAAGGUUGCAUUGAGUUCCACCUAGGGUGACCCCUGUGCGGCGGUAGCCCUUCGCAAUGCCAAGAUGGCUCCCCCGCUCCCUCCCUCAGGCGCCAACGCGUUCCGCCCCUUCACCCGAGAAUCGCUGGCGGAGAUCGAGAGGCUUCAAGUGGAAAAGCGCAAAAAGGCAGACCCAGUAGACGGACACGAUGAGGUGGCGGAAGAGAAGGCGCCGGCGACCCCCAACGCCGACUUGGAGGCCGGCAAGAGUUUGCCGUGGAUUUACGGAGACCCUCCGGCGGAGAUGAUCAACACACCGUUGGAGGAUUUGGACCCCUUCUACAAGGCUCAGAAGACGUUCAUCGUGCUUAGCAAAGGCAACACCAUUUUCAGGUUCAACGCGGAGCCGGCGUGCUACCUCCUGAGCCCCUUCAGCAUUGUGAGAAGAGGAUCCAUCAAAAUCCUCAUCCAUUCAUUAUUCAGCAUGUUCAUCAUGAUCACCAUUUUAUCCAAUUGCGUGUUUAUGACCAUGAGCAACCCGCCAGCCUGGAGUAAAAAUGUCGAGUACGCUUUUACUGGGAUUUACACCUUCGAGGCUACCGUCAAAGUGUUGUCCAGAGGCUUCUGCAUCGGCUCGUUUACAUUCCUCCGAGACCCGUGGAACUGGCUGGAUUUCAUGGUGAUCAGCAUGGCGUACAUCACUGAGUUCGUCGAUCUCGGUAACGUGUCCGCCCUCAGGACCUUCCGUGUGCUACGAGCCCUUAAAACCAUCACUGUGAUUCCCGGUCUAAAAACCAUCGUGGGCGCGUUGAUCCAAUCGGUGAAGAAAAUGGGGGACGUGAUGGUCCUGACCGUCUUCGCUUUGGCCGUGUUCGCGCUGGUCGGCCUCCAGCUGUUCAUGGGCAACCUACGGCACAAGUGCGUGCGUUGGCCCAUCGACAGCAACGACACGACCGAGUGGUUCAACGUCACGUUAGCGCUCGACAACCAAACGGUCGGUUUCAACGCUAGCGAUUAUUCCAACGGCACCUUCAAUUUUGCAGAGUACAUCGAGAACUCGGAAAACUACUACUUUCUGGAUGGCAGCAAAGAUCCUCUUGUGUGCGGGAACGGUUCCGAUGCUGGAGUCUGCCCUGAAGGUUUCACGUGCAUGAAGGCCGGCGGGAACCCAAAUUACGGCUACACCAGCUUCGACUCGUUCGGCUGGGCUUUCCUGGCGCUCUUCAGACUCAUGACCCAGGACUACUGGGAAAACCUCUUCCAGAUGAUCCUGCGGGCGGCGGGCAAAACGUAUAUGCUCUUCUUCGUGGUGGUGAUCUUCCUGGGAUCCUUCUACCUCAUCAACCUCAUCCUAGCGGUGGUGGCCAUGGCGUACGACGAGCAGAACCAGGCCACGCAGCGUGAGGCCAAGGAGAAGGAGGAGGAGUUUCAGCGUAUCCUCGAGCAGCUCAAGAACCAGGAGCAGGCUCAGCAGUCUGGAAGUCGAGAAUCUCUGAACAGUAGCAAGCUGCCAAGUCGCCACUCGAGCCCGGAGCGCGACGAAGCUGUCAAGGACUGUAACGGCAAGAUGGUCCCAAGCCUCAUGGUCCGACCGCCCACCAUGGUCGUGUGUAAUGAUGACGAGGAGCUCAGGGAGAAGUCUCCAGGCAUGCUUAAUCCAGAUGAUCUUCAUCCGGACGAUCAGAGCCAGAGGCAGAGGUCCACUAGCGCCAUGGAAGAGUUGGAGGACGCUCAGAGGCCGUGCCCACCAGGCUGGUAUAAAUUUGCCAACAUUUUCCUCAAGUGGAACUGCUGCAAGCCGUGGAUGACCCUCAAAAAGUGGUUGUACGUCAUUGUGAUGGACCCUUUCUUCGACCUGGCCAUCACCAUUUGCAUCGUGCUCAACACGCUCUUCAUGGCCAUGGAGCAUUACCCCAUGACCAAAGAAUUUGAUGAGAUGCUUUCCGUGGGCAACCUGGUUUUCACUGGGAUCUUCACAGCGGAGAUGGUCCUUAAACUCAUUGCCAUGGAUCCUUACUACUACUUCCAAGUGGGUUGGAAUAUUUUUGACAGCAUCAUCGUAACUCUCAGUCUUGCAGAGUUGGGCCUGGCAAACGUUCAAGGGCUCUCGGUCCUGCGUUCCUUCCGUUUGCUUCGUGUCUUCAAGCUAGCCAAGUCCUGGCCCACACUCAACAUGCUGAUCAAGAUCAUCGGAAACUCCGUGGGCGCCCUGGGCAACUUGACGCUGGUGCUGGCCAUCAUCGUCUUCAUCUUCGCCGUGGUGGGCAUGCAGCUCUUUGGCAAGAACUACAAGGACUGCGUAUGCAAGAUCUCCGAUGACUGCGAGCUGCCGCGCUGGCACAUGAACGACUUUUUCCACUCCUUCCUCAUCGUCUUUCGCAUCUUAUGUGGCGAAUGGAUCGAGACCAUGUGGGACUGCAUGGAGGUAUCCGGGGCGGGAAUGUGCCUCAUCGUCUUCAUGUUGGUCAUGGUUAUUGGAAAUCUCGUGGUGCUGAACCUCUUCUUGGCGUUGCUGCUCAGUUCGUUCAGCGGCGACAACCUGUCGACGGCGGAUGACGACGGCGAGCUUAACAACCUCCAGAUCGCCGUCGGGAGGAUCACGCAAGGCAUUGACUGGCUCAAAGCUAAUGUCACCAAAAUUCCAGGGAGAAUCCUGGGCAAAAUACCCAAGGCGACUGAGGACACGGUGGAGAUGAACGACUUAGACAAAACGGCAGACGGGAUAGCAAAUUGUCGGAUGCCGGGACGGGCUUCCGGCGCCGGUUUGGAUGGAGAGCUCGCUCUCGGUGUGCCCAUCGCUCAGGGGGAGUCAGACUUUGAAAUUCUGGACGAUGAUGACGACGAGUAUGACUCCAAUCUUUCCACUUGUGGCGACAGCCUUCAUGACGAUAAAAGCCUCGAGGAUGAUCUUGGUCUUAUCAAAGAAGUCAAACUGAUGGGCGUGGCCAUCGAGGACGCCGACGUGUCAAUGUGCAGCACGGCCGAUUAUCAACCGCCUGAACCCGAACUGGAAGAAGAAGAGGAGGAAGAACCGGAGCCGGUGGAGCCGGAAGCCUGCUUCACCGACAACUGCAUUGGCCGCUGGCCGUGCCUCACCGUGGACGUGGACAGCACCAAAGGCAAGCGAUGGUGGAAGCUCCGCAAGACCUGCUUUGCCAUCGUGGAGCACGACUGGUUUGAAACCUUCAUCAUCUUUAUGAUCUUACUAAGCAGCGGCGCUCUGGCUUUUGAAGACGUUUAUCUUGAGCGACGGCGAAUCAUCAAAAUUAUCCUGGAGUAUGCCGAUAAAGUUUUCACCGUCGUCUUUGUCAUCGAGAUGAUCCUGAAAUGGACGGCGUACGGUUUCAAGACCUACUUCACCAACGCCUGGUGCUGGCUGGACUUUUUUAUUGUCGAUGUUUCUCUGAUUAGCUUGGUGGCCAACUGGAUGGGAUUCUCCGAGCUGGGCCCAAUCAAAUCCCUCAGAACGCUGAGGGCGCUGAGGCCUCUUCGCGCUCUCUCCAGAUUCGAAGGCAUGAGGGUGGUGGUGAACGCGCUGGUCGGCGCCAUCCCGUCCAUCUUCAACGUCCUGUUAGUCUGCCUCAUCUUCUGGCUCAUCUUCAGCAUCAUGGGGGUCACCAUGUUUGCCGGCAAGUUCUACCGCUGCAUCAACACCACCACGGAGGAAACCUUCGCCGUCGCCCAAGUCAACAACCGCAGCGAGUGCCUGGCCCUGCAGGAGGCCACGGGGGAGGCCCGCUGGGUCAAUAUCAAGGUCAACUACGACAAUGUGGGGAAAGGCUACUUGUCGCUGCUCCAAGUGGCAACCUUUAAAGGCUGGAUGGACAUCAUGUAUGCCGCUGUUGACUCCAGAGAAGUGGAGGAGCAGCCGUCGUACGAGAUCAACCUAUACAUGUACAUCUACUUUGUCAUCUUCAUCAUCUUCGGCUCCUUCUUCACGCUCAACCUCUUCAUCGGUGUUAUCAUUGACAACUUCAACCAGCAGAAGAGAAAGUUGGGAGAUAAAGACAUCUUCAUGACGGAAGAGCAGAAGAAGUACUACGAAGCCAUGAAGAAACUCGGUUCCAAGAAGCCGCAGAAGCCAAUUCCACGUCCCACGAACUUUCUCCAGGGCUUGGUGUUUGACCUCACCAAUCAGCAGUUCUUUGACAUCUUCAUCAUGGUGCUCAUCUGCCUCAACAUGGUGACCAUGAUGGUCGAGACGGACAACCAAAGCGCAGAGAAGGAGGAUUUCCUCUUUAAAGUCAAUCUGGCCUUUAUUGCGGUCUUCACCACCGAGUGCGUGCUGAAGCUCUUCGCUCUGCGUCAGUACUUCUUCACCAACGGUUGGAAUGUAUUUGACUUCAUCGUGGUCAUCCUCUCCAUUGCUGGCACCAUGCUGUCGGACCUGAUCGAGAAGUACUUUGUGUCACCCACGCUCUUCCGUGUGAUCCGUCUGGCCCGGAUCGGUCGCAUCCUGCGUCUCAUCAAAGGCGCCAAAGGCAUCCGGACGCUCCUCUUUGCCCUGAUGAUGUCACUCCCCGCCCUCUUCAACAUCGGCCUGCUGCUCUUCCUCAUCAUGUUCAUCUUCUCCAUCUUCGGCAUGUCCAACUUCGCCUACGUCAAGAAGGAGGCGGGCGUGGACGACAUCUUCAACUUUGAGACGUUUGGCGGGAGUAUCAUUUGCCUCUUCCAGAUCACCACGUCGGCCGGCUGGGAUGGGCUCCUGCUUCCCAUGCUCAACAGGGAGCCCCCCGACUGCGAUCCCGACUUUGAGAACCCCGGCACGGACGUGAGGGGCAAUUGCGGCAGCCCGGGCUUGGGCAUGAUAUUCUUCAGCAGCUACAUCAUCAUCUCCUUCCUGGUGGUGGUCAACAUGUACAUCGCUAUCAUCCUGGAGAACUUCAACGUGGCGCAGGAGGAGAGCAGCGACGCGCUGUGCGAGGAUGACUUUGAGAUGUUCAACGAGACGUGGGAGAAGUUUGACACGGACGGAACCAUGUUCAUCGAGUACGCCCGCCUCUCUGACUUUUGCGACGCUCUGCAGGAGCCGUUGAGGGUCGCCAAGCCCAACCGCCUUCGUCUGAUCCAGAUGGACCUCCCGCUGGUCAUCGGCGAUCGCAUCCACUGCCUGGACAUCUUGAUGGCUGUCACGGAGAUGGUUCUUGGAGACACGCUGGAAAUGGCCGCCAUGCGGGAGAGCAUCAAGACCAAGUUCCUCCAAAGCAACCCCACCUCGGACUCCUUCGCGCCCAUCACUACCACCGUACGCCACAAGGAGGAAACGUGGGCCGCCACCGUCAUCCAGCGGGCCUAUCGAAGCCACCUGCUGCGACGCGGACUCCGUCACGCCGCCUUCCUGCGCCGCUCCAAGAGAGGGACCGCCCAGGUCCAAGACCCGGCGGAGAAGGAGGGCUUGAUUGCACGCAAAAUGGAAGCGCUGUAUGCUAGCUGUGUGAACCUCACCAAGGAGAAUGAGACUCUGGUGGCACCAGGAACCAGACCAGGUCUUGGCGCGCCUAGGUCGAGUGUCAUGUCGGUACCUGUGGAAAUCAGUAAUGAGGUGGUGCUACAUUCUGCCCCCGAGCCGGCCCGAGUCCUCGACAGCCUUCAAGAACACAUCAGAGAGUCGCAUGUGUAACCAAAAUCUUCAAAAAAAACUUUUUUCGUUGACAUUUUUACGAGGAUCCAAAGAUCUCAAUCCUCCCUCAAAACUCAAAUGAAUGUUUUGAUGAAUGCAAGAAGGCUUGCUUGUCAUGUUCAAGUUCUCCAGACCAGUCUUAAGAUGACUUUUGGGAGUCUCUGAAUCAAACUUUGGACACAGACAAAAAAAAAAAAAUGGUCGAAGUUGUACAUCGCCAAUCGUUAGCAGCAGCUAACAUUUAGCGAGAGCCGCUCGAAUCUUGCACUACGUUUAUUUUUGGGCCUGUCCAGGUCCAGUUGCAGCCAAUGGGGAUGAUGAGCGUCUAAAAGCGAACUUCGCCCAUCAGCGCGUGUGAUAGAUAGAUGUUUUUGUCUACUUCCUGUUGUCGUGCCAGGGGGCCUUCGAAAGGACAGGACUCAUGUUUACAUGUCCAUAUGAUAUUAAUCAUAUUAUUAAUAGGUCAACUCUUCAAGUCGCUUUUGGCCUCACGUUGAUGCUGCGGUGACUCACAAAAGUUCUUUUUUCACUUACUGUCUUAAUUGAAAAGGUCUUAUUUUAAAUAUUACCUACACAUACGCAGAUGUGUUGUUCAAAACUAGUGUGUCCUUUUAAGGGGAAGAAAUCAGUUUUGGGUUAUUUACCGUCGGUAACUUUGACCAGCCUAUUUGAAUGCUGACUCAAACUUUGUUUACAUUUGGGAAGCAGUGGAGAUGCAUGCCCAGCCGUGUGUGUUGUACCGUCUGAAUUGGGUAUUAUUUGUUACUGUAAAAUCUGAAUUAAAGAGGAAAGUGUU